GCCGACCAUUCUUUGGCAGCUGGGCGUCUCUGCCAUUGCGCCAUCGCGAUUGGCCGGUUUCAGAUCCAGUGUCGACAACCACGCACACCUAGUCGAGCCGUCGACGAAAUAGCAUUUAGCCGUCGACCGAAGAGCGUCAUGUUGUCCAGGAAGUGGCCGCUGAAACCGCCCACAUUGCCCUUUCGGUCGAAACCGGAUGCGCCAGUGGCCGUCGUCCGGAUAGUCGACGAGAAAGGCGGGAUGGCGAGCAGCAUCCGCGAUCGCCUCGAGGCCUUCUACACGACGCACAACCCGACCAAGCUCGGCGAGAUCGACAAGCUCCUCUCGCAGUUCGCCGGCGCCGAGGCGACGCUGCUUCAAUCUAUGCACCGCAAGUACGGCGUCCGUGACCUCGAGAGUGACGUCGCCGUGGACGAAGUCUACGAGAACGAGCGCUACUCGUUCCUGACCAUGGGCUUUGGGAGCUCAUUUCCAGGCCACCUCACGGUGCUGGACCGGAAGCGCUACAGUGGCAGCCACGGAACGCCUUCGUCGCAGGUCUUUGAGCAGGUCGAGCCGACGCUGCCCGAGAGCGCCGACCCGGCCUACCAGUGGGCAUGGACUGGUCCGUGGGAAAUUGACGCGGCGUACGUUCCGUGCGACCGCGAUGGCUGGACGUAUGCCUUUGAUUUCUCCAACUUUUCGCCCAUGCUUCUCAAGGACGAAGGCAAGGCGUCGCCUGGCAUGACCGACUAUGCGCGACGGCGGCGGUGGGCACGGACGCGCAUCUUGAGCCGUGUCGUCCCCGCAGUCGAAGAUAUCGAGAUGCCAAUCAAGCUCGAGCUGCAAGAACUGCCCGAGAUUCCGCUGCCAGCACCCGACGCGAACCUCCCACUCCGUUUCUACUCGAAAAACCUCUCGCUCGAGUCGCACAAGAACGCGUGGAGCCACCAAGUGAAUAAACUUCUGAAGCUCCACGCCCGUCUCGAGCACAUCAUGGCCGGACGCCUCCUCAUGUGGAAGCGGACCAAAGUCGAGUUGAAGGCGCAAGCCAAGUCGACACUGGCCACGGUCAAUGCACUGCGCGCUCAAAUCACCGCUGACGAAAAGCGUGGCGUGAAGGACCUCGCGACGCAGUCGUCGCUGGACGUGCACCUCGCGCACUACGAAGACCUCAAGCGGCGCAUUUGGUUUCCAAAGGAGAAGGGGUACCUUCUCCGAGGCAACCUCAUCGGGCUCUUCGUCGGCAUCAAAGACAUUUGGGUCGACACGAUCAAGCUUCAAUUUGGCGCGUCCAUUUCGCCAUUACCGGACGGCACGGUGCGCUGUCAUGUCACGUUCAAAGGCCAAGUCACCAUUCGGCUGCACGGUGUCAAGCUCAAGGCGGAGAAAGGCACGCGUGUGCCCAACUCGCGCUGGUCGUCCGUGUUCCUCACCACGCAGUGUAUCGGGGACCUCGGGCUUCUGUAUAACGCUGCGGACGGUCACUGGACGCCUGAGCCGUCCAAGGGCAUUGAAUUCCACAAAAUGCAGCUCAAAGUGACGGGCGGCCUCGACCUUCCCGAUGGGCUCUUCAAGAUGCUGUUGACCGAAGUCGCCAAUACGCUGGUGCAGGAAGUGCUCUUUGCCCACUUCCCACCGGAGCUCGGCCCGCUUUUCCAAUACGCGUCGUCCGCAUUCGAGGUGCGCGGCGAGCUGCAAGUCGAAGGGCCUGCGAUUGCCGAUCUCGUGGAUGCGACGCUCGAGCCCGUGAACGAACGCGAAGAAAGCAAGAUGUCAGUGCAGGCAUUCGACGACAUUGCGACGCUACUCGGCUUGACGCGGUCCCAGCUUAACUUGCUUGUGGGCCUCCGUGGGUUCCUCUUGUGCCCCAAGCCGCACUCUUUCCAGUCGCUACGAGCUAUCGCUACGUACUUUCGAACGUACUGGCUGGCGCCGCACGCAAUGGACAACGUCGAGCCUGUCCUCGCCGAGUGGACGCAAACGUGGCAGCACCUCCUGGAGCUGCUGUUUCUCCAGCGCCAGCUCGAUUCGCGCGGGUGUGCGUACGAGCUCUUUGACUUCGGAGCAUGUGUGCUGCGCACCAAGCGCGAUGUGCUUGACAAGCACGUGCCCUGCCGCGUGCAGCUGAGUCACUUGGUCUGCAACGUCCAGCUCGCCAACGUGAUCCAAGCCGCGAGCGACUUCUUCGCGCGCUAUAUGUCGGCGGCCAAAAUUACGCCCAAAAAACCCAGUCCGGAAACCUCCGUCUACGGUAUUCGCAUUGGCCGCAAGUCGUGGACCGCAGCGAGUGGUGACGCACCCAGCAUCACGCAUACGGUGACAAAAGAAGUCGAAGCGCAGAUCGCCGAAGUCCGAGCCCUUGGCGCCACCAUUCAAAUGCUCCUGAGCUCGUGCGCGGUUGAAGCAUUGGCGUGCGAUGUCGAUGGCAAGAUGACGGGCACCGAUCGUGAUGGUGUUCGCGACGCCAAGGUCAAGGUACGCGUCACCGACCUCCAAGCCCACGGCCGCGGCCCCAUCAAUUUUGACCAGCCUUUGGCUCUGCUCUACGCCCUCGGUCAACUCUCGGUCGAGUCGUCGGCCGACCUUGGCGCCAUUGACGUUGGCCUUCAGACGGCCACUGGCCUCACGAUCGCCCACGCCAAUCUCCGUGACGUGUACGCGCAGUGCGACUUGGACCUUACGCGCCUUCGACGCGAGGACUCGACGAUUCCGCUCGUCAUUACGUCCUGGGGACCAACGCGUGCGAAGAUCGAUCUCCACGAAGCGCUCACUGGCCGGGUCGGCGUCGCUAUCACCGACGUCGACGCCCACUUGCAAGCGCUCUUGGAGGCUUUUUGCGCCGUCGUAUCGAGCCAAUUCAGCCUCGCGGGCGUGUGGCCAGCCAAAGUUGCGGCUUGCAUCCUCAAGUACUGCUCGAGCGACGAAUUUCUUGUCGCUUGGAGCGUGCGUCUCCGCCUCGACCCACGCGGCGCGUUGGUGCUGCAGCCUAUAGACGACCAUCCGCAGCCGUUCCAGUACUUUGACCACCUCCAGGUCGUGCCGCUCCUCCUCGAUGUCGAAGCCAUGGUACAGUUUUGGAUCGAGACGCAGCUUGCCGCCAAACUGUAGUCGGUUGGAAAUUUCUACGUUUUUUAAAUAGAGACUAGAAGCAAAUACGUACCCUACGAAUCUGAGUGUUUUCGUGUCUACUCGACGAGCCAAGCGCCCUAGGUAGAGACGUGAGGCACGAAAAGAGCCGCGCGGGUCCAACUACACGACACUCGGCACUUCGAGCGUCUUGAGGGCGAUGCGCUGCCGAAGCUCGCGGAUCCGCUCCUCGAGGCGACCAAUGUUGGCUUCCGCUAGCUCCACCUCGUCGCCCGUGGACGGCGGCGAGGCCACGGGCGGCGGUGAUGACUCUGGCGACGGCGCGGCCGACUUUCGUCCUUGGCGCAAGGCCUCUUCGCGCGCCGCAAUCUUCUGUUUGAGCCUUGCGAUCGGGUCGUCCGGCUCAAUGCAGUCGCCCACGAGCUGCCGCGCACGCUCGCACUCGUCCAUCGAGAGGUUGAUGACAAUCGUCUGCGAGAGCGCCGUGAGUGGCUUCUUCCGCGGGACCUGCAGCUGCGGGUUUGUCCAGAGGUACUUGGACGGCUUGGUCAGCGACGACGGGCCCAAAGCCAUCUUUGCGACCGGCUCUUCGACCUUUAUCGGCGGUGGCCGCUUCCCGACCGAGCUCAGCGCCGCUUUUCGGAGACUCUCGAGGUCAAAAACGGGCUCGGGCGACGGAGGCAAUGGUG